AAAACAAUAUUUUAUCCUCCUGACCGGGCGGCUUUUUGGAUAUCCUGGGUAGUGGUGGUGGCAGCGCUGGUGGAAAACUUUACAUGUAGACUAGGAUAGAAAUUAAGACACAGACAAUACCUAUCAACUUGCGACAAUCCUGAUAAAUGUAUCUGACUCCAGCAAUUUGCACUAAAAUCUAUAGAAAGCUGGUUUUCUUUCUUUAGUCUCCACUCGCCCUGUCUGAAUAUGGAUUCCAGAUAUAUUUUGGAGAAGUCGUUGGUUGGGACAAGGGUCGGUGGAGCGGAUUUUAACUGCCGGGCAGGCCGCUCCGUGCUCCGCGACACCCGGGUCCUCACGAUGGAGACAAACUGUCCCAUGCCGGCGUACACAAACGGACACGUCCUUUACAAUUUUCUAAUGGACGGCGGCUCAGCAGCGGAGGUUAAAAGCGAGAUAACCUCCCCUAAAGGGAACAGACUUUCUCCGGGUGGUCGAAUAUUACACGACGUGGGAAAAACUGGCCUGGGGGACCAAAAAGACACUGGUUCCACGGGGAUCCUGAAGAGGGCCAGUCCUACUCACUGCCCAGGCAUAAACGGGCAGUUGCCAGGCGGCUUCAUGCACUUGGACAUCAGGAACCCAGGGAAACAGGCAGAGCUGGCCAGCAACUUCAGGGCAGCACAAGGGCGGAACAUACCACCGACAGAGAGACAAUCCCUCCCCUCCUCCCACAUCCCUGUCCCCAGAAACAGGAAGCCCUCAGGUCAUGCUGAUAAAGAGGUGAUGGCUGCCACCGUCCUGUCCUCGCUGUCCACAUCCCCUUUGGUGCUCCACCCUUCCUCUACACCAACAGUCUCAGAGCCAGCCAGCAGGGCUUGGAAAGAGGUGCUGUCAGCUAGCUACAGCAGUUCGACCAGUGGCAACUGGAGCUGGGAUGCCAGCGAUCAAUCCGUGCCCUCCACACCGUCCCCGCCUCUUUCCAACGAUACCAAUAAGAACUUCUUGCUCUCGUCCCAGGGUGAUGAUGUCAAUGAGGAUGUCACAGAGAGCACGCACUUCCUGUUUGAGGACCCCAUACCUCGGAAGCGAAAGAACUCCAUGAAGGUGAUGUUCAAGUGCUUGUGGAAGAACUGUGAAAAGGUCCUCAGCACCUCCUCAGGGAUCCAGCGACAUGUGCGCACCGUCCACCUGGGGCGAAACAGCGACUCGGACUACAGUGAUGGAGAGGAGGACUUUUACUACUCAGAGAUCGAGGUCAACAUGGACAGCCUAACAGAGGGCUUGUCCAGCCUCACACCCACCUCCCCUACCACAGCCGGUCCCCCGCCUGUCUUCCCUCCACCGCUCGCCGAUGUCCCUCACUCCGAACACAUCAAUAUGAAUGGUUUGCAGAGUGACGCCCCGACACUGCUCAGUCAGUCAGCUCCCUCCACGCUCUGCCACAUCCGCACUGACCACGCCUACCAGGCCACUGCUCCAGUGAGUAUCCCAGUGGGUCCUGAGCUGGCUGGGUUAGGCAAUGGUAAUGGCACCGGGCCUGGAAAUGGGACUGGAAAUGGCAUCAGUGUGUCGUGGCAGUCCCCUCCUGUCAUUUUCAAAGGCGUCCUGGGGCCUGUGACCCAUGUCCGGACAGUUAGCAUCGGUGAAAAGCGGCAGCCGGCAGCCAGCGCACACACCACUGUUAACAAGAACCAUGCUUUAAUAACGCCGGCACCUAAAUCAGCACCAGGAACCAGGAAACCCCGUGGGGAGGCGAAGAAGUGCCGAAAGGUGUACGGCAUGGAGAAGCGAGACAUGUGGUGCACAGCCUGUCGCUGGAAAAAAGCCUGUCAGAGAUUCACCGACUAAUCCAGUCCCCUUCCUGUGUCUGUGAGAUGAGCUCUUCCUCACUCGGACUGACAGCUAGGUGGACUCUUCCACUGAGGAGAUAUGGGGGAGAUUUCUUCACGAUGGAGCUCUCAGUGCUGCUUCCCCUAGCCCAGUAGGGGUUCGCCUUCUCUCUUUUCCGUUUCCAAACACAAAGAGAAAAUAAAAGUGGUGGGUAAAAACAAACAACAAAAAAAUCAGCAAGAAAUUUUUUUUUAUGCAGGUUUGGAGACUUUUUCUAAGACUGAAACAUUUUCACUCUGUUGAUGAAUGAGGAAAGAAGAAAAUUUUAAUUUUGAUUCUGAACCUUCUGAUUCGAUUUUUUGUUUUUCACUUGCCAUUUUCCGCAGCCUCAACUCAAGGCAUUGUUUAAAGACUACAGAUAAGCUUUUUGGUAUACUCUGUUGUUCAUUAUAGGAUCAUCAUGAAAUCUACUGUUUAUGGGGUGGAUCAUGACUCUUUUUGAAGGUUCAAGGGUUAACACCAGAUUUGCUCGGUAAGACCUCUGUAGCAUAUCCGUUUUUCAUUGUCACUGUUUAAGGGACUUCAAACCUACCAAAGGCAAAAAGGCCUGUUCACUUGCAACCAACAAUUUAGAUGUAAGCUCACUCCGAAUCUAGCAUCCUUGUCCUCUGCAGCCUUACUGAAUGUCGACGUAUCGAUGUAUGUUUAAGUACAUAUAGUUCAAUAUCUACUCCCUAUUCAUUAAGCAAAUUCAGUACAGUCAGCUAUAAUUCUUGUAAUUUUGCAAAGAUGCACAAAACCCUCAUACCAAAUGGUACAAAAAGUUUCCUUUUGACUUUACAAAAUAUUUUUUGAGAGAUGUACACAAUAUAUGAAAAAUAUUUCCCUCUUUUCUCUAUACUUGUACCCUAGAGAUAUGCACCUUGAAGAAAUGUUGUCUUUUUGAGUAUCACUGUAACCACAGCGCAUGCCUGAGAGAGUGGGUAUCAAUUUCUUAUAUAGAGUUUAUUUUCAGCAAUGACUUGCUGAAGCAACUAGCAGUUGCUCUGUGCAAUCAGCAGAAAUAGAGCAUUUAACAUUGACUUUCUUACUUUGUGGUUAUUGUUAUCAAGGUGAGUUGAGGCUGUUUUUUUUCCUUUGACAGCUGAUGUUCUUAAAGCUUGUUUACCACAAUGAAUGAUAACUGCCCUUUGAAACUAACUUACUGUGUGACUAAUGUAAAUUGUGUAUGUAGGUGAAUAACAGAGAUUGUAACCCAACAAUAACUACCUGAUGAUAAUAAGUCAGGUAGUCUAUUUAAUUUCUUACAGUUUUAAACAGAGAGGUUACCCAAUCUUAAGUCUUUGGGAUAACUAUCAUUAACCAGCAUUGCAACAUUUGUAGAUACCAGACCUAACUUCAUAGCAACCAAGUCGUUUUAGAUGUUGCGUUUAACCCUUUAGAAUGAUCUUUCAGUCAGGUCUAACAUUUGAAAAUGAAAAGUGAGAAUCAAAUCAAGUCAGUGCAGAGCAGCGGCGUAGGUGGUCGACUGUAUACUGAUUGAUAUGGAAGUGGUGCUAUAGUUUAAAAAUGUUUUACCAAAGUAGAGUUUUACUUUUUUAGAACAGGCCUGUAAUACUAAAUGGCAUGCCUGCUUUUCCAAGCUUUAGAUGUAAUGUAGGUGGUAGGUUUUAGAAAUUGUAAUUGUUUUAUAUAUCCCUUUCAUCUGUUUGUUUUGAAUUUUCAGCAAUAUUGGCCAAUCCAUGAUAGCCCUAUAACCCAUUUUGUUUCAUGUUAUGUAUUUCUAUUAAUUAUCCAAGAUAUACAACAAAAGAAAAAUUGCAGAGUGGUCACCUUACAAGCAUUUAAUAUUUCAGAGAAACUUCGAUUUUCUUUGGAAAUAUUUUUAAAAGACAACACUGGUCUUUUCAAGAUGAUAACCUGCGCCCAUAAAUCAUAGUCAAGUUUAUUUAUUAAUACAGCCCAAAAUAACAAAUUUGCCUCAAACAUGUGACACCCUUAGACCCUCGAUGCAGAUAAGGAAAAACUCCACAUUAAAAAAAACCUUAAACAGGUAUUUUUCUGAUAUGCUCUCAGAGGCGGAGUCAUGACAGUAGAUGCAUAUUUUUGAAGAGAUUCACCCUUGUGCUGUUUGUUAGCAGCUUUUUGAAUGUAGAUUAUGCUGUGUGUCCUCUGCUCUCUAAGCGCUCCUGACGCUGACCUUAUCACCAUAGCAAUGUAUGACAAACACACACACAAACAAAAAACAAACACAGUGCCUUUCCUCUCCUCUCUGUCGCCAUAGAAACAUCUGUGCUGUCCCCUGUCGCCUCAUGGUCACUCGUGCUGUCGGCUGAUACCACGUUAAAGGAGACCAGUUAUCACUUCUCAAUGAAAGCUGGGAAACAGAUCCUUGACUGUUAAUUGGUGGCUCGAAGUCAUAGGGCAAAAACAUAUUAAGCACACGUUAGCCGUAAUAGUAAUUAAUAAUAUCUAGGGGUGUCACGAUUUUGAUUCUAAAUCGAAAAGAUCAACGAGGGUCGGCGAUUCUCCCAGUAUUGUUUUUCUCUCCACUGCUUGCUUGCACGUGUCCAAAACAACAACAAUUCAAAGACGACACAGCGUAGAAACAACACAACUGGAAAAUGCUCCUGCUUCCCUGAAGUCACCGGUGCGGUAACAUUUUGCCUUACCCGUGAGUUAUGUUACAAACGCGUCGAUGACAGAAAAACUACAGCAGUGAUUAGAAAUUCUAAUACUGGUGGCUUCUGCCAUCUAGUGAUUCUUCUUUUUGUUUUUGUGUUUUAACAGUUUGUUCCCAAUUGACUGGUGAAAUAAGUUAUUGUUAUAAAUUAUUUAAAUUUGACCACAAUGGCCUUCGUGUGGUACAUUCCAAAAAAAAUGGCAGUUAGAUGACAUGUUUAUGGAUGACAUGACAGCUCCCCAAAAGUGAAGGCAAAACAUCUUGAUCGCUCCCUGGUGACUGGCUGCAGUAUAGGUCAUAAACCCCACCCCCUCCAUGUUAGCGGAUAAGACAUGGGCUAAACAAAAAAAUCAAAGUACACAUCAAAUAAAUUAAGCCCAGAGAUGGUUUCUGUCAUUCUAUGUAGUUCUUAUCACGUUGAUGUGUGUUCAAGUGUUAAUUUUUCUGAUGAGUUUGGUUUUAAUUAGUUAUUUGAUGCGAUAAAAACGGGGUGUCACGUCAUGAUUGGCAGCUGAGCCCUGCUCACGAUUGAGUCGGCUGGGUGUAUGGGCAGGACCUUGAUACCGCGACUUCAACCCCAAUCACUACUGCACAGACUGGCUACAAAUGACGUCAGUGCUGAAAAAAAAAAUGUUUACAUCAAAUCGAAUAGUGACCUUAAAAUCGAAAGUCAUAUCAAUGGAUUUGGAGAAUCAUGACACCCCUAAUAAUAUCUCAUUCAGUUCCCUUCUAAAACACCAUUUAGUUUUCAAAAUGAAUGAUCCUGCCUGUAAAUCGUUCAUUCCAGUGGCAUCACAGAUAAGCUAGAGGUCUCUCUCUCUCUCUCAGCUUGUGAGAGUGGUCUCUGCAGGCCUCUUUGGGUCAGAAACUUCACAAAGUGCCAAUGAAAAGAACAUAAAAAAGGAAAAGGUAUACUGACCUAAUGAAAUUGCACUAUGUUGCACUGCGCAAAGACAUGUUUUUAUACAUGGACAUUUUAUAUAGACAAAUUUUGAAGUGAAAGGAUUUGCUUUCUUUUUUUUCGAGUGGGUGGGAGGGAUGUCGUCACUGCCUGAUGGAAUAAAUGGGGUGUCAGGGAUAGGGGUUCUGUACCUCUGGGGUUCCCCAUUAUUAGCAAGUGAUCUUGACAGUGUAAUGUCUUGCUCUCUGUGUCAGAUUUAUUGUACUAAACAAUGUGGUGCUGGCUGUUUCAGAAGCGUGGUACUGGGAAGUACAGUGUGGUACUUAGGUAGUCAGUCACUUUGCCUUUCCUUGUAGGAGUGCCAAGGGCCCGAAGCAGCACCUGCCUUGUCUCAGUGAUGGGAAAACACCGGUCUCAGUCAGUGGGUACACAUUAUCGUCUUGAUAACAGAUGCUUUUAAAGUGUUUUAUUGCCUGGAGUUUUUUAACAAUACUCACACACUUUUUAUCCAUAAAUCUCAUCUUUGUGCUUCCUUUAAAUAAAAACAGGUUCCUUCUUAUUUACAUUUUACUGAGCUAAGAUAGUAACUGUGUAGAUGCUGUUAUUAGUGCUGGAUACCACUUUUAAUUCUGUUAUCUCUGUUUUUUUGGUCGUUGAUGGAGUGUCAAAUGCAACCCAUCAGGUCUCUCUCCAUCCUCAGUCUAAGUACUUUUAGAUUCCACCAGCAGGGUUAGAGGCCGAAGCUUUUGCUAGCAGUGGAUGGGACUGUUAGCACGCUUUGAGCUAACAGGUUCCUGCGGUUGCCGGCCACUAUUCCACCUUUUUUUCGAGUUGCACUAAAGUGGCCCGUGACUAUCAAGGCCCAAGACGUAUCAUUAAGAGCUCGGCUCAAUGAGUGCGACUUGUGUCAUUAUGGCCAGAAACAACUGUGGGUACAAAGUUGCUGUUGUGUGCACAUCUUGGACAAGAUUAUUGGUGAAUUUUUUGCAAAAUAGAUGAACAAUUACAACUUUCACCUAGAAAAUGAGGGAUGGAGAUUGAAGUUGACAGUUAAUGGGUGUGCAGGUAAACUGGAGAUUUACAGUUGAUGGAAAGCAGACACAAGACACGCAGUGACGAUAUAGAUGGAUUUGCAGUUUCAGGGCUUUCUUGUACAUAUGCAACAUAAAGAGAACCGUGAGGCUUUUUCAUAUAUUGUUGUUGUUUUCUUUGUUGUUGUAUCUUAUGAAAAGUAAACUUUUUUACAGUAUAGUUGCUCAGAAUAUUUUCUUUCUUUUUUCCUUUAAAAAAAAGUCGAUUGAGAAGCUAUAGUGAACAUAACACGUAAAGAUUCAAUGUAUAUUGUAGCUUAAAGGGAAAGGGGAGAAAAACAUGUUGAAUGUAAAACCUACAAAAACUUUUUUUGUUGUUAUAUUUGCUGGCUAGUUUGUACUGCCUGUAGUGAACCUGUAGCGCAUCCUGAUUUUGGUAUCCAAAUCUUUUAACACCCACAGACAGCUGUCACCACACUGCUAUGUCAUAUCAAAUAACACAACCAUGCAGUAUUGCUUUUCCAUCUUACUUUGUGCAAUGAGAUGCUUUAUAAUGGAACAAAAACUAACUUGAGUUUUUGGUGACAUCUGGGCUUCUCGCUUACACUGUUGCUAUUGGUCUUUUGUCUUUCUCCCUGCCAAAUCGUAAUUUUUCUGAAUAUGUGUGGUUAUCGUUGUCGUGGGUGUUAUUUGUGGUUGUGACGUUAAGUUGUUGUUAGGCAGGAUAACCUUUGACCUCUGGUCACAAUGAAAAUUUUAACCUUGUGGGAAUCUUUAUCUUGCCCUUCACAUUCCAACAGACAGCAUGCUUUUUAGUGUCUUCCACAUGUUUCCUAAUACACAUAUCCUUCCCCUUUCCUUUUCACUACAGUGAUUCUUCUCUGAUCACCUCGUCCUUUUUCAUUUCCUGUCCUUGUGCUAUCCAGCUUUACUGUGGCCACACCCAAGCCCUUACCCAGUAUAUUAAGCUAAACUAAACCCUUGAAAUGUGCAUCUAAAAAGCCUUCUUUUUUUCCCCACACAUGUCAAAAUGUAUGUAUUGCUUUCUUGAAUGUCAGUUUUCAUUUUUGUGUAAACCAGCAGCAGCAGCAAAGCCAAUAGAUCUCCUUCCAAAUCAAAUGUAAUGUAAUGCAUUGCAAUGGCAGCUCCACUCAAUUCUCUGCUUCUUCUUAUUGUUUGUCCAGGCUUUUACCCUCUUUCUGUCAGAUCUCUCAUUUGAUGACCAUUCUUUUUCUCCUGUUGUGUUUUUACUGAGCCUGACACUGGCUGGUGUGAAAACUGACUUUAGCUUUCUUUUUUCUGUUUUUGUUUUCUCAUUGAUUGAUUGAUUGAUGGUUGAGUUUGAGAUUGUUUUGCAUGUCUAGCAUCGCUCUUUUUUUCCUUGUUCUUUUUUUGUUAGGAGACACAACACUGAAGGGUUUUUAUGUGUUCGAUUUCCCCUUUCAGUAACUGAUAACCCAAGGCUGAUGUAAGUUUGUUUUCCUCUAAAUGUAAAAAUGCUCAUUGCAGCCUGACACACACACACACACACACACACACACACACACACACACACACACACACACACAGAAAGCUAAAAGCGUUUUGAGGGAAAAUGUGACGUCAGCCUUGGGUCUUCUACUGGAGGGCAAGAUUUCUCCUGUGUGUGGGCUUGGCCUCUGGUCUUCAUCAGCAGUCCCACGCACACGGAAGAAGCACUUUCUGAGGAGUGGUGCACUCAAGGAGUAUUUGUGUGAAUGUCAAGCCUAUGACUAGUGCUUGAAAAGAUGAUUGACCAUGUAUGAUGCUGAUAAUGUGAUCUAUGUGAUGUAAUGUGAUGGAAAGAAAAUAAAUCUGAAUGGAAGACA